AUGGCGUCUAGCGUCGAUCAGAAGCGUCUCAAGGCAACAAAGUUUCCACCCGAGUUCGACAAGAAGGUCGACAUUGAGAAAGUCAACAUUGACCUCAUGAAGAAGUGGAUUGCUAACAGGAUCACCACUAUUCUCGGCGACGAAGACGACAUCGUAGUCGAGACCUGUUACAAUUUGAUCGAACAGAACCAAUUUCCCAAGAUCAAGGAAAUCCAAAUCCAACUGACGGGCUUCCUUAACAAGGAUACAGCACCUUUCUGCAAAGAGCUAUGGGACCUCAUGCUGAGUGCGCAAGACAGUCCUAUGGGUGUGCCCCGAGAACUGUUGGAGGCGAAGAAGGCCGAACUGCAGCAGGAGCAGCUUUCAAAGGCCGCAGCUGAUGCUCGAAGGGCCGAAGAACAAGCGCAGAAUGCUAUGAUCGACUCUUUCCGACAAACACGACUCAAGGUCACCACCGAGACGGAGACCUUCACCACCUACUCGCGAGCGUGA